CCUCCGCCGCGGGAGCCUCCGCCGGGGCCGCCAUGGCGUGCGGGGCCACCCUCAAGCGGCCCAUGGAGUUCGAGGCGGCGCUGCUGAGCCCGGGCUCCCCGAAGCGGCGGCGCUGCGCCCCCCUGCCCCUCCCCCGCCCCUUGCCCCUACCCGGCCCCGCCGCGGGCCUCCGCCUCCCGCACCCGCCACCGCCUCAGCAGCCGCCGCCCCCGCCGCCCCCACAGCCCAUGACCGGCGCCGACAGACGCCUCCCGACGCCCGAGCAAAUAUUUUGGAACAUAAAACAAGAGUAUAGUCGUUAUCAGAGACGAAGACAACUGGAGGGUGCUAAUCAGAGUGACGCUUGUGCUCCUGAGAGUCAUUCUCACUCUUCAAUACUUACAGCACCUAGUUCACCAGGUUCACCGUGGGUGAAGAAAGACCAGCCAACGUUCACCUUACGGCAGGUUGGAAUUUUGUGCGAGCGUCUGCUGAAAGACUAUGAAGACAGGAUCCGAGAGGAAUACGAGCAGAUCCUUAAUACCAAGCUAGCAGAACAAUACGAAUCUUUUGUGAAAUUCACACACGAUCAGAUCAUGCGACGAUACGGGGCCCGCCCAACAAGCUAUGUGUCCUGAAGGUUUCUUGGACAUCUGGGUACCUGGCUUGACCUCAAGAGAUGGCUGCUGUACACUUUUUGCAACUGGUUUGUUAUCACAUUUCAGCUCCAACUUUUUCCAUUCUGAGAACACUUUAACGUCUCUGCCGGUCCAUUUUUAUCUAACUUGAAAGACCUUGAAACGUUUCAGUUGCCACAACUUUCUUUUCUGACCAUAUAAUAAACUAUACUUGCUCCCUACCGUGCUCUGUACCCCCUAAACGACAACAGAAACAUAUAUGGAGCAGCACCCUAACAAAUUACGCCUCUAGUGGCCCGAAGAGCGGACACGUUCCCCGGGUUCUGUAAGCAGUAUGUGUUGUUGUUUUUGGUUUUGUUGUUUUUUUUUUUUUUAAGUUAUUAUUUGUGUUGUGCAAACUUUUUGAUCUUGGGGAUUCUGGCUGUGAAUUUGAUGCACUACAGUGGUGGUGAGGAGUGCUCUUUGGUUCAGAAAGGAUAUUAAGAGUUGUCCUAGUGACCCUAUGACUCGUAACAGUGGAUUGUUGUUUGUGUAGGUAUUGUUCAAUACAGGGAUUCCUUUGAGGCACAGACCGUUCAUUGUAACUUAGAUUGGCCAUAGAUGCGAACUGAGGACCGAGAGAGAUUUUUAGGGUCUUAGAUCCCACAUGCGGCAUGGAAUUAGUACAAAUCGGAAGAGUCGUUGAACCUACGGGCUCCACUUAACCGUGUUUUAAGCAUACUGGGACUCCAAGCCUUAAAAAUAUUCACCGGAGUCCACAGCUCACUGUGCCCCUAGCUUCUUCUCUCACCUAAACGGUAGUGAUUUCCAAGCGACGUUUCCGACCCCCCGCAAAGGAAAAACCUUCCCCGAGAGCCGUGGACUUUUGCUUGUCUGUGCACCGUCGGCGGAGGGGGACGGGGCGACGUUCCCCCGAGUGACGACAACCCCACCCCUGAGUCGGCAAGGAUAGGACUGUAGAUCCCGUGUUCCCGCUGUUUGUCACUUUCUUUCUUUCACAUUCUUCCAAGAUGGUUAAAUGCUUGGCCGCUUGAACUUUCUUCUUCUGCAAUGCCCUGUCCUAAGUUGAUAACAUGCUGUUCUUCUCCUUUGAAUUUCUAAGGCUGAGGGACAGAAAGUAACCUCUGUUUUGAGGAGGUGGAAGUUCAGUGUACAUGACUUGUGGUUUUUUUUGUUUUUUUUUUUUUUACUGUGACUUUGUCAAGGACCAUAUUCUACAACAAUGCCUUUUGUUUCAUUAUUGUUCCCCACAAGGAAAGUUAUAUUCAAAUUGUUUUUAGUUUAAGCAUAGGAUAGUAUUUUAAAUUAGGACUUGUCCUGAAAAGUAUCGAGUUCAGUUAGAACGAAUGCCGUCGCCUCUCUGGGCGGGGCGUUAAGUGGGAAGUGACUGUUCGCGAUCAGAUGGCAUAAAGAAAACUUUGCAACUAGUCACGUUUGCAGCUGCCUAUUGAUGAAUGUCUCCGACUUAAAUCUAACCAAAAACUGCAAUGUUAUUCUUUGUACAAUUUCAUUAUAUAGUGUUAAGCUGAGUUGCAACCAUUAAAAUACUUAAGCUAUUUGU